AGAGAACCGGAGGAGCUACGGGCGUGAGGGUUUUAGUGAGCUCCAUUUCGAGUUGCAGAAACUUCUGCUGUAUUCGACUCUCUGCCUUUUCUCUUUCGAUUCAGAUCCGGCGGAAGAUCGGAGAGUCAGUGGCCAGAUGGCGUUGGCUUUCGAUGAAUAUGGUAGGCCUUUCAUCAUACUGAGAGAGCAGGAGCAGAAGACUAGAUUGCGUGGCCUCGAUGCACAGAAGGCCAACAUCGCCGCAGGGAAAGCUGUGGCUCGGAUCUUGCGGACUUCGCUCGGGCCUAAAGGCAUGGACAAGAUGCUCCAGAGCCCAGACGGUGAAGUCACCAUCACAAACGAUGGUGCAACAAUCUUGGAGCAGAUGGAUGUUGACAAUCAAAUUGCUAAACUAAUGGUUGAACUAUCACGGAGUCAAGAUUAUGAAAUUGGUGAUGGAACAACCGGCGUUGUUGUUAUGGCUGGUGCUCUUCUAGAACAGGCAGAAAAGCUGUUAGAUCGUGGGAUUCACCCUAUUCGAAUUGCUGAAGGAUAUGAGCUGGCUUCCAGGAUAGCCUUUGAGCAUUUGGAGCAAAUUGCACAUAAAUUUGAGUUCAGCUCUACUAAUAUUGAACCUCUCAUCCAGACAUGCAUGACAACAUUAUCUUCAAAGAUAGUGAAUAGGUGCAAACGCGCUUUGGCUGAGAUUGCUGUUAAAGCAGUGCUUGCUGUUGCCGAUUUAGAGAGAAAGGAUGUCAAUCUUGAUUUAAUCAAAGUAGAGGGAAAAGUAGGUGGAAAGUUGGAGGAUACUGAAUUGAUUCAUGGAAUUGUUGUUGACAAAGAUAUGAGUCAUCCGCAGAUGCCAAAGCAAAUCGAGGAUGCAAAAAUUGCUAUUUUGACUUGCCCUUUUGAGCCUCCAAAGCCAAAAACUAAACAUAAGGUUGAUAUUGAUACUGUAGAAAAAUUCCAAACAUUGCGUGAACAAGAGCAGAAGUACUUUGAUGACAUGGUUCAGAAGUGCAAGGAUGUUGGGACUACCUUGGUCAUCUGCCAAUGGGGUUUUGAUGAUGAGGCAAACCACUUAUUAAUGCAUAGAAAUUUGCCAGCUGUAAGAUGGGUUGGUGGUGUGGAGUUAGAGUUGAUAGCCAUAGCUACAGGCGGGAGAAUUGUGCCACGAUUUCAAGAGUUGACUCCAGAUAAGCUAGGCAGGGCUGGUUUGGUUCGAGAAAAAGCUUUCGGUACCACUAAAGAUCGGAUGAUAUAUAUUGAGCAUUGUGCAAAUUCAAGGGCUGUAACAAUAUUUAUACGGGGUGGCAACAAGAUGAUUAUAGAGGAAACAAAGCGCAGCAUUCAUGAUGCUUUAUGCGUCGCCCGCAAUCUCAUACGCAAUAACUCCAUUGUCUAUGGUGGUGGAUCUGCUGAAAUUGCUUGCUCUGUUGCUGUUGAAGCUGCUGCUGAUAAAUACCCAGGAGUUGAGCAGUAUGCAAUCAGGUCAUUCGCAGAGGCAUUGGAUGCUAUUCCCAUGGCACUGGCGGAAAACAGUGGCCUCCAGCCUAUUGAAACAUUAUCUGCUGUUAAAUCUCAGCAAAUUAAGGAGAACAACCCCUGCUGUGGAAUAGAUUGCAAUGAUGUCGGGACAACCGAUAUGCGUACACAGGACGUAUUCGAGACCUUGAUUGGGAAACAGCAGCAGAUUCUUCUUGCCACUCAAGUUGUCAAGAUGAUUCUAAAAAUCGAUGAUGUCAUCUCACCAUCGGAUUAUUAAUUUUGCGCGGAUCUCAAAUUUUUGCUGCUUAGAGUAGCAUCAUUGGAUUCAAAUCAAGAGAUGGAACAUAUCUUUCCCGGUUGUGGUACGUAUUUACGUCGUCUCCGUUCUUCACUAUCUACUUAUUUAGCCAAGACAUGAUGAAUUAAUCGAGUGGUGUCUCUUUUUACCUCUUGAUUUGUUUUUUUUCUUUCUUCGUUGUUUAAUGUAAAACUUGGUUAUAGAUUUUUGUUUAUGUGGGUCGAUGGUAGGGUCGUUGCAACUUGAGAUGAUUUGAAAUGUGUUUUCGAGUAAUUUGUGGUAUCCAUUCUGUUAUCAUA